CACCCAAUCUGGUUUUCCAAAAAGCCCAGCCAAAACGUCACAAGCUGUCACCCCCAUGUCAAUGGCGGUGACUAAUUGAAUGUCAGCUCUGGGAGAAUACGCCAAAAAGCUAAAACAAUGGCGGGUGCUAAACCUGGAGUACAUGUAGUUCAGUUAAAAGCCAUCUGUGUACCCGAAGCUUUAGUUGCAGGACAAAAAUUCAUUAAAUGGGACGAUGACUCCACAUUUGGUACGCCAGUUACCCUAAAAGUCGACAAAAAUGGAUAUGUUCUAUUCUGGACGGAUCAGACAAGGAUAAUAGGUAAUGGGUCGUUUCGGCAGUUUACUCAGGAGACAACAUGCCUGGAUAUCGCUCAAAUCCGAGACAUCCGAACUGGAGUAUAUGCCCGCACACCAAAGGACCCAAAGCUGAAGGAGACAUUAAUGAUAGGCGAUCCAAAGACCUCAGUCGAAGAGAAGAGUAUAACAAUAUGUCACGGACAAGACUUUUACAACAUCUCAUUUGUAAACUUUGUGGGUAUAUCAGCAGAUAUAGCAAUGUUAUGGACGCAACAAUUAAUGAGCUAUUCCCAGAACCUGUUAGCCUUAAAUGGAUGUUCACAUUCAUUCCUGGAGAAGGCUUACACCAAAAUGACUGUGAUGACCGACAAGGAAGGAAGGAUUCCAAUCAAAAGUUUUUUCAAAUUAUUUGCAACCCACAAAGAUGAUAGAAAAAAGAUCGAACUUGCCCUACAGGCGAGUGAACUACCCACAGCAAAGAGUGACACACUGAGUGUGAAGGACUUCACUUUUGAAAAGUUUUUCCAAUUCUACAAAAACUUAGUUAAGCGGGUGGAAAUUGAAAUGAUCUUUCAAGACAUGAUUAAGCCAGGUUCAUCGAAUGACAUCAGCGGUGCCAAGAAGAAGCCUUACCUGCACUUGACAGUGGACAAGUUGGUGGAGCUACUGAACAGCGAGCAGCGGGACCCGAGGCUGAAUGAGAUUCUCUAUCCUUACUACAAUGAGGCGAGGGCUCAGGCUAUUAUCAAUCAAUUCGAGCCACAAAAGAACAUGCGAGAUAAAGGCUGUAUGAGUGAGGAGGGAUUCCUGCGCUACCUGUUGAGCGAAGACAAUAACAUCAUAGAUCCACAGAAGUUUGAUCUCAGCGAAGAUAUGGACCAACCCCUUGCCCAUUAUUUCAUCAAUUCAUCCCAUAAUACAUAUUUAACAGGUCAUCAGUUAACGGGUAAAUCUUCAGUUGAGAUGUACAGACAGGUGUUGCUUAGCGGUUGUCGAUGUAUCGAGUUGGAUUGCUGGGAUGGUAAAGGUGCUGAUGAGGAGCCAAUCAUAACGCACGGUUUCACCAUGUGUACUGAGGUCGUUUUCAAGGAUGUUGUCGAAGCAAUUACCGAGUCUGCCUUCAAGACCUCAGAUUAUCCCGUAAUACUAUCAUUUGAAAACCAUUGUUCACCAAAGCAACAAGCAAAAAUGGCCGCUCAUUGUCGGAACAUAUUCGGAGACCUACUAUUGACUGACCCAUUGCCAGGAUAUAUUCUUGAACCAGGUGCCCCACUGCCGAGUCCCGAGUUACUUAAGAGAAAAAUCAUUGUGAAAAACAAGAAGAGGCAUUACCACAAAUAUGCAAGGAAAUUGCGAAAAAAGCACACAGUGAAUGACACCGAGAAAACACAAGAUGAGGCAUUUGAUGAGGAUGACAAAGAGAAAGCUAAGAAAACAAAAACUGGUCAAUCGCACACACCUGAACUACAGCAAGUGGCCGAGGUGGCCAAGGCAGAGAUUGUGGUCAAGUCACAUACGAAAGAGCCAGACGAGGGGGAUGGAGGUCAUAACGAUGGCGAUGUGACCUUAAAGGCGAUGACUGAGAGCGAUAUCUUGAAGGCAAUGGAGGACGAUCUGUCCGAAUCUGACUCGGAUUCUGAGAGUGAUGAUGACGACAUUGCUGGCCUUACGGAGGAGGAGGAGAAGAGGAGGCUGAAGGAGAAGAAGGAAAAGGGUACAGCAGGGAAAGAAGCUGAAGCUGGCCUGGAGAUGUCGUUACUGGUCAACUACGUUCAACCUGUACAUUUCCAUUCAUUCGAAAUAUCAGAAAAACGAAACCACAGCUAUGAGAUAUCAUCGUUUGUUGAAACCCAAGGAAUGGCCUUACUGAAAGAUCAGCCUGUUGACUUCGUCAACUACAACAAACGACAGCUAAGUCGGAUAUAUCCCAAGGGAACCAGGGUAGAUUCAGGAAACUACAUGCCGCAGGUCUUUUGGAAUGCGGGCUGUCAGUUGGUGGCACUCAAUUUCCAGACACUGGAUUUGGCGAUGCAAAUUAACCUGGGACAGUUUGAGUUCAAUGGUCGAAGUGGGUACAUUCUGAAGCCUGAUUUCAUGCGACGUCCUGAUCGACAUUUUGAUCCGUUUGCUGAAUCGACUGUUGACGGAAUCAUUGCGGGCACAGUAGAAAUCAAGGUUAUAUCAGGACAGCUGUAUUCAGAGAAGCGAUUAUCGACGUACGUAGAGGUUGAGAUGUAUGGCCUGCCUGCUGACACAGUCAGGAAGAAAUUCAAGACCAAACUUGUGCCUAAUAACUCUGUGAAUCCCAUUUAUAAUGAUCCACCAUUUGUGUUCAAGAAGGUCGUGUUGCCCAACCUUGCAAUGAUACGUAUCCUUGUCUCUGAGGAGUCUGGAAAACUCAUCGGCCAUCGGUUAUUGCCAGUGGAGGGCCUCAGGCCAGGAUACCGCCACAUUUCCCUGCGUAAUGAAGCCAACCAGCCUUUACCAUUGGCCACGCUAUUUGUUCACAUCACAGUCAAAGAUUAUGUACCAGAUUCAUUCGCUGAUUUUGCGGCGGCACUUUCAAACCCUAUUGCCUACCAAACAAACCAGGAAAAACACACGGCACAGUUGUCUGUCCUUACCGAUGACUUUGAAGUGGAGAAACCUGUCACUAGUCAGGUUGCGACUGAAGAGGAGGCCCUAGAGUUUGAUCCUGAUGCGCCAAAGGAUGGAGCCCCAAGGCGAACCCAGAGUCUCAAACCUCGGACCAAUUCGGUGCGGUCGGUACAGAGUAGUGACUCCGGUGAGGAGAAGAAGAAUGGUGCAUUUAACCCACGUCUGCAAUCGAGCAUGCAUGCAUCACUGACGAAGAGAGAAAGCGACAUGUCGUCAACAUCACAGGGCAGUGGAGGCACCCAACAACCAGCGACAUCUAUCAAUCGUGGGAUGUCACAAAACCAGGGCAGCUCGGAGAAUGGAGGACCAGCUCAAACUCUCGGCCAGAGGACAAAACUCAACGACCCAGAUUUGGUGACUGCCAUCGAACUUGAAGACCUCAAGGAAUCCAAACAAUACCAGAAAAGUUUUAGAAAAAUGACCAAAGAGUUGGAGAUUCUCCGCAAGAAGCAUGAAAAGGCAAGGCAAACUCUCAAAGAGCAACACAAACUUGCGGAGGAGAAACUACUUGUCGGACACAUCAAGCAGCGGGCAGUUCUGGACAAAAAUCAAGCCAAGAAUUUCAAGAAAGUUCAGAAGCAGCAUGGCGAGGAUAUGGCGAUCAAGGAGCAGAAGGAGGAAAUGGAGAAUCUUGUGAAGGAACAGGAUACCAAGCACCGUGAUCUGAAGCGUGCUCAGACGGAGACGUUCGUCGCCAUGCAGAUGGACCAGUACAAGGGAGAGAUCGACUUGUAUGGCAAAUACCACGAUUCGUUGUAUGACAUCUUGGAUCAGGUGAUGAAGGAAAAUUUUGCGCAGCAGCAUAAGAAGCUUGAGGAGACGCACGAUAAGGAAGUGGCCGAUUUGAGGAAGAGACAAGAUGCACAGAGUCGAGAGGACAUGAAGGGCCUCUCACGAAAACACAAGGAUAAAUCAGAGUUAGCUAGGGUAAAGAGGGAAGCACAACAGAAGUACAUCCAGAUUGCCGUGGCCGAGAGGCAAAAGUUCCGUGAUUUGUUAGAUAGAAAGAAGGAAGAACUGGAGAAGAGUCAAAAGGAGGUACAGAAGGAGUGUGAGGAGGAGAGAAAAAUUAGAAUCGAACAGCUGAAGAAGGACUUUGACGAGAAAUGUCGGCAUCUGAAGGAACAGUUCAGGGCCGACCUGGCUGACGAGGAGGCAUCACGGCUCAGCAGCGACGAUGAAAGCUAGGUGCACACGUACACUUCUCAUCGUGGAUGCUCUUUGCACAAGAUGGCCACCAUCUUGCUUACGUCCGAGUCGAACCGACGACGGCGUUUCACGAAUCACGGCUAUGUUAUUGGCGAACUCUUUAACUUUGUGUGUAAUCGUUGAGCAUACGCUGUAAAACCUCACUAUGUCUAAACGUUGCACUUUGGCUGGUUUCAGAGGUGAUUUACAGGUCAUGCGAGCUGCAAUUCUCUUGCACUCAAAACCUGUGGAUGAUGAUUAGGAGAAUGUUGCAUUUUGUGCCACGCUUUGCGGGCGUUCAAUCUGACCAUGACAGUAAAUCAAUAAUUGUACAAAUAGCAGUAUUCAUCAUAAAUGAAGACUUCAUGACAGAGGCAGAAGAUGUAGUGGUAGUCUUAUCUUGAAAUUGGACCUCAUGACAUUAUUAUUACCUACCUAUAUAGAGGUAGUGAAAGUCUACUUAUUCUUGAAAUCAAAUUAAAGGUGAUUUACAUAAGGAAGCUGUAGUUAAUUAUAGGUGUGGCUGUAUUCACAAUAUUCAAUCUUCAUGAUCGAAAUACUAAAAAAGUUAAAAAUGUAAGGAAAUGUUUUUCACAAAUUUUGAUGUAGGUACUUAUUCAAUUCUAUUCUAGUCAGUUGACGUUGAUGUGCACCGUGAUCAGCCUGCUUUCUGCAUGACUACUUCAUAAACAAUAUUUUGCUGCCUGGAGACUAAACUUUAAUAGUAGGAUGAUUUCUUGCUGCAAGUAAAAGUCAUUUGCCACUUUCAGAGGUUGGAAUCUUUGUCGUAACAGCUGAUCCGCUUCAUAAGAUUUUUUUCGCUCAUUACGUCAUGGUCAGAUGGGAAGUCUGAGGAGCGAAUUGCUGACAUGCGGGCAUGGUACAGCUCUGCCAGGUGCAGAGACGACUUCUCUUUCGAUGAAGAUACUAGUGUAUAGAGGGCGCUUUUCAGAGCGGCAAAGUGGUAACUCUCGGGUACCAUGUGAAUUAACUUGUCCAGUUUGGAGUUCCUUUCAUUUUAAGCAGAGCAUGUGAUAUAGUUAGUGUUACUAUUUUAAUGAUAAUAUGUGUAUACGAAAGUCUUAAGGAUAUUUCCCAUGUACAGAAGUAGGUGCAAUAGAUAUUUUGUGCUGUGAAGAUUGUCUAAAUAGAAUAAUGAUGUAUAUUAUUAGAGAUAAUGAUAAUUAAUUAGUUGACAGUGGUGAAUGGAACGAAAGUUUCUUUAGAAAGAGAAAUUAAUAUAUUUUGAUGGGACCCUCAUAAAUCAAUGUGAAGCCUGAACCCCCUUACUCAGGGGUUGAUGCCAAAUGGCAUCAAACUUGGGUCAAGUUCUCAGCAAACAGUUGUCGAUAAAAAAAGAUAAGUGUUGACUCCUUUGACAUUUUUUGAUUUAAAGUUACUUGCAGACAGUGAAAGAUGACAUGAAAAUGUGGUGACCCUAUGAUGAUAAUCAUCCCAGGUAAACCAGUGUCGAAUCCUAUCUCUUGAAAAAAAUUACAUUGUGUCAGUGUUGAACGCCUGAGAAGGGGUUAUAGGGUUUACAUUGACAGCUGCAUAAAAUUUUAUGAAAUUUGAUUUCAUCGCUAUUCUUGUCUUCUCUAUGCAUUCUUGCCACUAAUGCACAAUUCUUCUAUAACUUCAAAAUGUGGAAACUUCAAAAUUGACUGGCUAGUAAGUGCAGAGGCCAACUUCUCUCAUAAUUGAGACCUCUGGAAUAGGAUACAAGAAUAUUUGGGGGGGGGGGGGGAGGACACGGAAAAAUUGUACUUGUAAAAUGCUCAUCUAUCUCUUGGGAUUGAAAUUGUGCAUAAUUCUAGAGAAUUCUAUUUUCCUCAGCUUUGCUAUUGUUAUGGAUUUGAAAUCUUUGGCCUAUUUUUUACUACUUUCAUGAUGAUACAUGUACUCUACAAUCGACUUUGUUUUCUACAUGCAAUCGUACAAAAACUUGCCUGGGUGCCGUGUCCAGAGCGCGAAAGAUUUGUCCUUGAUUCAUGACCACAUCGCAUGCAAAAACAAGCUUGUUCGGUUCUCGAUUUGUGACAAUAUUCAGGUCUUUUAGCCAUGACACUUCUGCAACUCUGGCCAGGGUUGAAGAAAAUUUAUGAUGCCUACCAACUUCUAGUCAUGUUCAUGUUUGAGGCAAAAGUAUUCCUGUUUGUAGACAUGUAGGCCUGAUCUAAUGCUUUAUCAAUGAUAAGUCUAUAUUUCCUAAAAAAAAGAUCGUGGAAAACGCUCACAACACUUUGCAUAAUGUGCUUUUCUUUAUAUAGAUGAAACUGCCUGUAACUUUAUCUGUCUAGUCAAUGCCUGUCGAAAUAUUAUGUUGCCUGGUCAAGCAAGUUUGAUUGGAAUCACGUGACCCAGGACUGUAAAAUGAGUCGUAUGUCGUCAGGAUAAAAUGGUUAACAUAUUUAUGACAGAAUUGUUUAAAGAUCACAGCCCACUUGCCAAACUGAGACAUGAAAUCACUGAUAAAUAUUUCAAAACCUUGAGUGACUUGUAAACACUGGUUCACCUGAAUAUUUAGUUUGUUGUAUAAUAGCCUAAACUUCUACACACAUUGGACUUUUAUGCAAGUAUGUUGUCAAAAGCAUUGUACAUUAAAUUGCAUUAUAAUUGGACAAUUAGAUGUUUUUUGUCAGUACGUAAGUGACUACUGAUACAGAGAUUGUAAGAUAUAAGUUUAUAUAUGUAUAUUUGUGCAAAAUUGAUGAAAUAUACAUGUGUGUAUAUUUGUUGAAAAGAAUCAUCCCUACGUGGGUACUUCACUUUUCUUGACAAACACAGCCUCCUUAUUCAUGGAAGAACGGACGUGAACAAAAAGGGGAGAUUUUUGUCCAAUGGUUGGGAUGGUGGACUCCCGAUGGAGAGGUGGAAUCCCUUCCAGGCUGCUUUUUUCUCAAAGGGGAGGUCGGUCUCUCAAAGGAGCUGCUCAAUCAUACGGCACUCGCUUGACAAAGGGCAGUCAAACUGAAGCUUGAACCCAAGAUCCUUGUCUCAGGUGAACUGAAGCAAGGCAAUAUCUGCUGUUCGAUGCAUAAGGAAGCAAAGUGUUUGGCAGGGUAACGAGACACUGUCCUGAUUAUUUCACUAUUUCACUUGUAAAAACUCUAUUUGGUUAACUGUAGAUAUAUCAUAACUGGACGAAUCAUAUGUAUCUACUCAGAUUUUAAAUUAUUUACACUGUCAAAUUAAUUGUACAAAUUUUACGAUCAUGCAUAUGAAUAUAUUGUUGCCGUAUAUGUUUGUAUAUAGUUUGACAUCACAGAGCUGUAUUUUUGUGUUGAGAUACAUCCAUGUUUUUCAGUAGAUACAUACAUGUUUUCAGUGUAUUAAAGCUGUUGGUAGAGGGGAGAUUUUUCUUGUGCUAAGUGCAGUUACUGUUGUAGUUUGAUUGUCUAUUUUGAAGAGUGUAUCAUAUUUGUCAUGUGAGGCCAAGUUAACAUAGAAAUCAUGUUGUUAGCUCUCAUGAGACAAUUGUCACGAUUAUGUAUAACAAAAGAAGUUUUGAAGCAACACAUGGACGGCUUUGUCGACCGUACUUGAGAAAUUACUGGUUCAUUCUACAGUUCACAUCUGAAUCCUGGCACGUGACUCAAUAAACGUGACAACAUGCUUUCUAAGUAAACUAGACCUUUGGCGUAUUUUAGUUGGGCUUAUUGGUCAAAUGAAGGCUCAUCCUCGAAACCAAGGUCACCAACUACUGUAAACGAAAUGAGAGUGGAACCUCCCAAAGCAGACAUCCCUCUUUGUCGGACACCCUCUAUAAAGGACGCCGCCUUCAGUCCCAAAUGGGCCAUUACCAGCUAAUUAGACCUCUAAUCAGGACACCUCACAAUUAAGGACAGCAUUUUCCAUCCAAAGGGUGUCCUUAAGUACUCUCUUUUGGCUCACCUUUUGUAAUUUGCUGUUCUUGGUGAAAUGAUAGUCUGAACCUUUGUGGAUAAUGUCAUCUAUACAUGAAUCUGAUAAAGCGUCGUUACAGUAGUGAGACUUUUUCUGUUGUCGGAGGAAGAAUAAUGCCAUUGGUAUUCGAUCAAUUCAGCCCAAGGAGCAAGUGAGGCUAUAGCCUCGUGGUAGAAAAUGAAGUUGUCCAAGAAGGUCAUAUUAGUUGGAACGUUAUGUGGAAAAAUACUCCUUGUUCAAAAUUGCAUCUUGUAUAUGGUGCAUUAAAUGAAAAGUUGGUUCCAAAACGUGACAUGUAAAUAAGUUUUUGGCGCUUUGGGGAAAGUGUGAAUUCAGUUUGGAAUCAACUUGGAAAUUUGAUAUUUCGGCCAAUGAAAUCAAUGUGGAUUGAGCUGUUAGUUUCAAAUUUUGCUUUUUGACUUUGAACAUACUGGACCUCAGGACUUUCAGAUCUGGUAAUUACUGCAUUUAUCGCAAGUGUUUAGCAGCUCUUUACAGCUGGUCACAAUGGAAAGUUGAGAUAAUUUAGUCAGUCGGACCAUCUCAUCUAUGAGACCAGCGAGCAUAUGAUAAUCUUGGACAGUUUGAUUUCUUGACGUGAACCAACAUACUGUAAAAUACUCAUUCGAUACUUGACCUACUUAUUCUCACUGCAUGCUUUGUUCGUCAACUGCCCUUCAGAUAUCAUGGGUAAUAUGAAUAAAGACCAGUAAAAGCUUUUACUCAAAAUUUCAUGUUCAUUUACACCAGGCCGUAUCCUACAAAACUGAAGUAAAGCAUUUACUCGUCUUUAUUCAUAUCGCCCAAUGGUUCUGACAUUCACAGCCACUAAUUCCUCAAACUUGAUAGGUAUAUGUAAAAUGAAUCUAAAAAUCCCUGAAAAUUAACUGGCAUGAGGUAUAGAAUAUUUGUUUUGAGUAAUCAAGACAUGAAAUUAAGUUGAUAUCAAAUCGGAUUCUCGAUUUCCUCAUGCUGAGGGCAUAUCCGGGAUUAAUGUUACUUUUUGGCCCUUCACACAAGGGGGGCGGGCGACUAACAUUAACCCCUUAUUUCCUCGGGAUGUAAUUGCUCUCGUUAAUUGAGCACAACCUUCACCACAUCAUGUAAGUGGUAUUGUACUCAGCUGAAACAAUGUUGUAAAAGUACCGAUUCUGGGUUUCUUGGUUUGUCCAAUUCUCCCUCGAGAUAAAUCAUUUUCCUAUACCAUUUUUCUACUCAUUCUUCUGCCAUUCCUAAAUGUACACUUUCGUCUCUGCAGAUUAACCUAAUGUAUAUUUUUGGUGUUUGGUUUAAAAGUCAUGUCGUGAUUAAGUCUUGAAAGAUAUGUGCAUGAGUGUUGGGCUAACAUGUGUAUAUCUCUGCUUGUAUAUUUGGAUGUAAAUGUAAGCAAAUUUCUUGUCUUACACUUAAUUUACUUCUAGGGUGGGUUAGGCAGUAUUAUCUCAGUGGUCUAAGGGUUGCAUUUCCUUGUACAUAUGUCACUUAACCAAAUAACACUAGGUGUAAGAUGGGUUCACUUCAGUUUCAUCGUACAUGAUGUCGUUGUGGCAUUAAUCAGUUCUGUAUUUAUGCAAUUUUCCAUUGGCCAUGGUUUUGAAUGUUGGGCAGUUACGUUUGAUAAAGAACACUUGUUUAGUUUAUUUUGUUAUUCACAUUGUAUGAUAUACUCAUUGUACAAUAUAAUCUAUCAAUAAAAGCUUGUGUUAAUUCGAUGUAA